UGGCGCCUACGUCAAGAUGUGAUGCGGCUUUAGCUGCGUCUCCACUUCCGGGCCAGCUCACGGCCAUGGCGAAGUCCAGACUGGAGCUGAAUUUUGUGCGGCUUUUGUCUCGGUGCGAGGCCAUGGCAUCUGAGAGGAGGGAUGAGGGAGAGUGGAGGCUGGAGAAGUUUGUUGGUGCUCUUGAAGAAAUGCUUACUUCAAUAAAGAAGGACUCCAGCAGCAAACCUUCUCCAGAGCUACUCAUUGAAUAUUGCAGAAAAGUGGACUUUCUGAAGGGUCUGCUGGAAGCUGAAAAAUUGCCCUCACCUACUGAAAAAGCCUUGGCUAAUCAGUUUCUUGCUCCGGGCCGUACACCUACAAUCAGCAAGGAACGAACACCAGUGACCAAGACUGUCCAUCUUCAGACACAAGCACGUUACACUGGGGAGAUGAGGAACGAGCUGUUGGAAAAGACAACAGGGUUACCUAACAAUUUGGGGGAUGUUUAUCCAAGAAAAAGGAAGGGCUCCACUUCCGAUGACAAACAAUCCUCAGCAGAGCUUGACGCAAUGCUACAGCAUCACCAUAACAUGCAAGAGAAGCUAGCAGAGGAGAUGUUGCGUCUUACUCAGAAUCUUAAGAAUAACACCUUAGCAGCACAAAAUGUCAUUAAACAGGACAACCAGACACUUACCCAAUCUUUAAAACUGGCGGACCAGAACUUUGAGAAGCUGAAGACUGAAUCAGAUCGCCUGGAGCAGCAUGCAAAGAAAUCUGUCAAUUGGCUAUUAUGGAUCAUGCUUAUCUUUGUUUGUUGUACAUUUAUCAGCAUGAUACUCUUCAUCCGACUUUUUCCACGGCUGCGGUGACAGCUUUACUAUCAGUUAUAGUCUCUUCAUGUGAUUUAUAAAAGCCAGUGAUAUGGAUAUCUAUCUAAACAACUAAAAAGUCACAUAUGGAUUUAUUUAAUAGUUUGACAGACCAGUGUUUUACUGCUAUUUCCCAUUUACUUAAAAGUUUUUUCACAACACUAAAACAAAAGAGAUUUUAGUUCUAUGUGAAGUGUAUGUUUUUUAUUUAUACGUACAAAGCCAAUUACUAGGGUAUUCAGCACCCUUUUUUAUGACCCUCGACAGAACAAUAUUUAAAUAGGUGGCAAUCCAUUCCUGUCUUCUAGAAUUAGCUAUAAUGAGGAAGAAUUAACUUCAGAAAACACUUAUCAGGUUGUUAUUGUACCUUUUGAUCAAAAUGUGCAAGCCCACUUGCCACAACAAGGCCACCUGAUAAGAGUGUGUCCCUAAACUAAAACUACCGUAGAGCUGGGUGGCAACCACCAAUGCUGCGACACCAUGCUCACAAGGGGGAUGACCCAGUUGCCAGGCAGCCCCACUACUACCCGAAUAGGCCCCCAGCUUUGGUCCUUACCACCGUACAGACAAAGCACCACAGCAACAAUGGCCGUUAAUGCUGCACUGUUAAAACAACUUAGUCAUCCCCAACAUAGCCACCAUACUGGAUUUUCUGCAGAGGGGACUUAAGAAGUUCUUAAAACCACCCACUUUGAAAGUACAGGUAUCAGCACUGGGUGCCCUAUAUAAUCAAUAGACUGCAGACCAUCAUUUGGUCAUAAUUUUUUUUUUUUUUUAAGGCAGCUAAGAUGUUAUCAGUCUGGAGUUUCUCUAGAACCUCAUCCUGGGAUUUAUCUGUCAAAUGUCUGACCCAUUUGAGCCUAUUGCCUCCAUCUCCCUUAAAAACUUAGUCCUAAAAACCUUGCUUGUAGUAGCAGUCACAUCAGCAAGAAGAAUAGGGGAGUUGUCAGCUCUGUCUAGUUCAGAAUCAUACACAGAUUUUGGACGACAGAAUGAUCUUUAAACCAGAACCAGCGUUCUUUCCCAGGGUUGUGUCUAGAUUUAAUUUGUCAAAGGAACAUUAUAAAACUGUCCUUUGGUACUCGUCCAUCUAAUGAUAAGGAAAGGCUAUAUCACACCCUAGAUGUGAUGCAUUGGGUAUUAUAGUACUUAGAAAGAACUAAGAGCUUUAGAAAUGUUUCCUCAUUUAUUGAGAUUUCUGGCCCGAAUAAGGGGGCAAAAGCUAGCAAGGACCAGGGGCGGAUUGAAAGGUCGGGCACUGCCUGGGGGCCUGGGGCUGAGGGGGG